GAACAUAUAACUUACUGCCUAUGAGUAGGUAUUUUAUGUUGAAGUCUGAAUCCGCAGCAUCCGGUCAUGUAGGGACCGUUUCUCGCUAACUUUCGCAGUAAACAAGCUCUGCAGAGUCCCGACAUACUGCAGUGGUUCUUGAUGUCUACGGCUUGCGCAUUUUUUAAUUUAAGUGUUCACAUUAUUAGCUUUGACUGCGUAUUGUGGAACGAUAAAAGCGCACAGGUCCUCGUCACUGAAAGGGGCUGGUUGUAUUUAGCCGGCUAGCGUGCUAACAUUAGCAGAGAGGAAUAGCCUGGCUAGCCACACAAAACUACAUACACGAUGUCACUGGUGGACCUGGGGAAGAGGCUGCUGGAAGCGGCUCGGAAAGGGAACGAUGACGAGGUCCGGAACCUGAUGGCCAACGGAGCUCCGUUCACUACAGACUGGUUGGGAACGUCCCCCCUCCACUUGGCCGCUCAGCACGGCCAUUAUUCCACUGCAGACGUCCUGCUGAGAGCUGGCGUCAGCAGGGACGCCCGCACCAAAGUGGACAGGACGCCGCUGCACAUGGCUGCUGCUGAGGGACACACAAUCAUCGUGGAGCUGCUGAUUAGGAGCGGAGCGGAUAUCAACGCCAAAGACAUGCUGAAGAUGACGGCGCUUCACUGGGCGGCUCAGCACGGACACCACGGCGUGGCCGAGGCCCUCGUCAAGCACGGCGCCGACGUGCACGCGCGCAGCAAAUUCGACAAAACGCCGUUCGACAUCGCCGCCGACAUCCAGAACACGGAGCUGAUGCUGCUGCUGCAGGAGAGCAUGCAGAACCAGGUUAACUUGAACCAGGUUAGCAUGAAUUUGGAGACGAGCAGCGUCCCCAGCCAGCCGCAGUACAUCAUCCAGGGAAUCCCUUCCAUCCAAGGGGGCGUGGUCAACCUGGCAGACCUUCUCAAUAAGGCCAACGCAGGGGAGUCAGAGGAGGCGGUGGCUGCCAGCGCUUUGGAUCCCAACAUCCAGCACGCCACCGUCGUCAACGAAGGCGGUCAGAGAGUCAUCACCAUCGUAACAGACCAGCACGGCAACCUGCAGACCACGGGAGGGAUGACGCAGCCGUUCUUUGUCACGAUGCAGCACGGACAGCAGAUGCUGGCAGUUCCAGCCAAUACGGUGACAGAAGAGGUGGUGGCAGACGAGCCGCAGCCUCCGCCCUCCAGGAAGAGGAAGCUGGAGAUCACCAACAACCACAGCGAAACUGGAGAGACGGAGCUGCUGCAGAGACAGCUGCAGGAGGCCAACAGGAAGGCUCAGGAGUACCGACAGCAGCUGCUGCGUAAGGAGCAGGAAGCCGAGGAGUACCGCAUGAAGCUGGAGGCCAUGGCCCAAAGUCARGCCGGCACCAACAACGCAGUCGGCGGCGCCACCAACGCCGCCAGCCCAGAGGAGGUGGUGGGGGGAGAGGAUGAGGAGGAGGGGGCCGCCGGCGUGGUUGAAGAGGAGGGAGAGAUGGUGGUGCUGCAGGAGGGCGGCAUCAUCAUGGAAGGGGAGGAGGGUCAGGUGACGCUGGUGGAGACGGGCGGAGAGACGACUCAGGUCAGCUCCUAACAGACGGAGCAGCGGGGGCAAUAAAAACUUCCAUCAGAACAGCCGGGGGCUGAUUAGACUCGUGAAUUCAACUGAGACUCAGAGGGUGGCGCAGGAGCUGACUCGUGGCAGGAAGCGAGAGACGGAGUGACUUCUUUAAAAAGAUUACUCAGAGAUGGAAGACGAACUGAUAAAAGGAGGARUCACGACGCAUCGUUUUAAAUCCCUGAAUCAUUUGAUGCCAACAGAUCAGGUAGAUCUGUGAGGACACCUCAAGAGUCUUCAGGCACUGUGAGUUCUGAAUGCCUCCUUUAAUGCUCUGUGAUGGAGUUACAGCAGAAAAGAACAAAUGAGUGAAUAUCUGAGAACACGGGACCUUUAUUUGAUGGUUUACUCAUUUAUGUAUCUCCAAGCCGGUCUUCGUUGCGCUAACAUUUUGCUUCCCUCUUUGAAUCUGGAGAAACCAUCUCUCACGCCGAGGAUAUGUAGAAUAAAUGACAGGAAUUUAGACCAAUAGUUUGUCCCAUUUGCAACAUUUUGGAUGCCAUGAAUUACUCCCAUCAUAUUCAGUUUUGCCUCUUUUUUUUUCUUUUGUUUACAGGAUGUUCUCUUUUCUUCUGUUUUGUUUCCCAGAGUCAACAUAACUUGUCUAAUGGCUUCAAAACGGCACAUUUUAAUUUCAUUUUUGUGUCAAAGGGUGAAAACAUGAAACAAGUCAAUUUUCCAGUUUUGUUUGGACACUAAAAGAACUCCCUCUAAACUAAUUUCCAGCUUGUUUCAUGUAUUUUGUUUCAAUGUUUUUUUUACAUUUAAUUUGUUUUACGUUUUUGUGGAUGUUAACGCCCUCAUCACCGGGUCCUUUAACUAAUGUCCGAAUGCCAAACUGCACUUCUCUGUUUCACAAAUACUAACCUAAUAUUCAACAGAAAGCUCAAACGGCCUCAUGGGAAUUUUUUAAAGCAGAUGCCUCUUGACUCAUUUCCUGUGUUUCUUUGAAUUAAUCCAACUAACAUCUAAAACUAAUGAAAUGCUGAGUUUUAUUAAACAAAUAAUCCUGAUUGGGAGUGAACAAGAUUCAUUAUGGAAACUACAACUUUUCUUUUGUGUUAAUAAUAAUCAUUAUUUUUAGUUUCCCAUCUGGUUGCUAUAAAGUCAUUAUUAAAUCCCAUAAGUUUGACUUUGACCAACUGCUACUUAAUUUUUUUUAUUAAUUAUUAGUUUCUUAAUUAUUUUACAGUGUUUAAACUAAAAAUAUUUUAUCCACUUUUUAAAAUGACUUCAAAUGCCUUUUUUUUCUAGAAAAUCUUUAACGACUCAAAGAUACUCAGUUUGUUUUGUUUCAUUACAGAAAAAGGAUGAGUAGAAAUCUGAAAUAUUAACUAUUUUCUACUUCUAUAACUUAAUUUUCCUACAAUCCAACUGUUUUUUCUCAGGCUCUGUUUGUAUGGCUGUGCAGCAAACAGCUUUUGCUUUUUUGAUAUGGGCAAGAAACAAUUUCUUUAAGCUUAAAAUGAAGCAGAUGAAAGAUAAAACCUCUCACAGGAGACUGUUUUAACUCUAAACAUCUGAAUCUCGGUGUCAGGUGAUUGUUUUAUAAAACGGUGAAUCAGAAUAGUUGAUAUCAGUUCUGCAAGUAAUGUUCGGGAACUGUUUUGACUUCAGAAAUAAAAAUAUCGGGAAUGCAUUACUUCAAAUAGAGGAUAAACCAGAUUUAUGUUUGCCAAUUUAAGCAAAGCAAGCUUCAGGUCAGUAAAUCGAAGGACUGAAUGUAAAAAAUGGAUGUUUUAGACGUAAAACUACAAAAAAAAAAAWUUUAAUAAGUUGUGUAUGUGGAGCACCUAAAGCCAAAUGUGCAUUCCUCUAGGUUUCCAUCUGAUAAAAACAUGUUCACAUUUAUCAUUAGUAAACCUGUCGUGACUUCAUUUCCUGCUCUUACCCUUCUCAGUUAUUUUUAUAAGCUUUGCAACCCUUUUCUAUGUACAUAUAAAGUUGUAUUUUUUUAACUUUGACCUGACCGCUUCUCAAUAAAGGUUAUGAAUUUCUGCAUUUAAAUAUGAA